CCGCCUCACCAUUGCAUGUUCCGCCCAUAUUUCCGCCAUCAGAUUCAUAUAAAUAAUCUCCAUCAAAUCAAAGCUUACUUUUCUCCUCAUUCCUCUUUCACCAUUGAUUCUUUAAAAAUGGUUAUUCCCCCCUUUCUUUGGCACAAUUACUGAGAAACGAAAAAUCAGCGACAUCGAUCCCAAUCACGAUCCGCAGCAAUGCUACAGCAGAUUCAUCGUUUUUGCCAAAUGGAAUCAGCUGGCGCCCCCAUACGUUACUUAACUCCGUCGCCCUACCGCGAGGGCUCAUUCCGAUUUCUUUAGCGUCACCAUCCCACGCCUCUCGAUUCAAUUCAUCCGCAUUUCUUAACUCUCCAUGCCGAUAAGAAAUGUCGAUCCCGAUUCGCGGGCGCUCCAUCGCCCGAAUGGGCUCAGGUACGGGCUUGCGAACGGGCUCUGGAUUGGGAUCUCCGCGCCCAAUCCACACCGGAACUGGGAAUGUGGAAACCCUAGGUAUUUCUCCCUCACUGAGUUCUGCCCGUCUCACCGAGGCUGCUUACCGAGAGUCCGAUUUCGUUGAGAGAUGCACCAAGAGUCGAUAUGCUCGGUAUGAUGAAGUUUUAGGCAAGGGUGCAUUCAAGACUGUAUACAAGGCUUUUGACCAACUUGAUGGAAUAGAAGUAGCUUGGAACCGAGUGAAAAUAACUGACAUGCUGCAGUCACCUGAAGAUAUGGAAAAAUUGUACUCUGAGGUUCAUCUUCUUCGGAACAUGAAACAUGUCAACAUUAUAAAGUUAUAUGAUGCGUGGAUUGAUGACAAGAAGAAGACUAUUAACAUGAUCACUGAGCUCUUCACAUCUGGGAGCCUGAGGCAAUACCGGAAGAGGCACAGAAGUGUUAACAUGAAGGCUAUCAAGAAUUGGGCAAGGCAGAUUCUCCGAGGCCUAGACUACCUUCACAGCCAAAACCCACCUGUUAUUCAUAGGGAUUUGAAAUGUGACAAUAUAUUUGUCAAUGGAAACCAAGGAGAAGUUAAGAUAGGAGAUCUUGGUCUGGCAACCAUCAUGCAACAGCCAACAGCUAAAAGUGUAAUUGGAACACCGGAGUUUAUGGCUCCAGAGCUGUAUGAAGAAGAAUAUAACGAACUAGUCGACAUAUAUUCCUUUGGAAUGUGCUUGUUGGAAAUGGUCAGUAUGGAGUAUCCUUACUCGGAGUGUAGAAAUCCAGCUCAAAUAUAUAAGAAGGUCACAUCUGGCAUCUUACCUGCUGCUCUUGGAAGAGUUGCGUCUCCAGAGGUGAAAGAAUUUAUCCAAAGAUGCCUGGUUCCGGCUCCUCAGAGGUUGUCUGCUAAGGAACUGCUCAAAGAUCCAUUCCUUCAAGUUGAGCUAUCUGGAGAACCCAUUCGUUAUUCUUUGACUGUACCUGAUAUGAUCCCCAGAUCUGUCACUUCUUUGAACUACGGACCUCAAGUUAUGGAUAUAGACCCUGAAUAUAACCAGUUUGUGUCUGCAGAGUACAAUUUCGGGACUCCUCCUAACUCUGUGGUGGAAUUUAAACGGACUCAUCAUAACAAUGAGUUCAGAUUGAGGGGAAACAAGAUCAAUGAAAACUCAAUCUCACUUACCUUGCGAAUUGCUGAUAAGGGAGGCCGAGUCAGAAACAUACACUUCCAGUUCUACCUUGACGCCGACACUGCCCUUGCUGUUGCAGCUGAAAUGGUUGAGCAGCUAGAUUUAGCCGAUCAUGAUGUAGCUUUCAUUGCUGAGUUCAUUGAUUACUUGAUAUCGAGGAUCUUGCCGGACUGGAAACCUUCUUCAGAUUACUCUGCCAGCCGUGAUAAAUUUGGUAGUGGCCUAACCUUUGUGUCAGACUUAUGGGAGGGUGAACCAAUGAGCAAGCAAGGAAAUUCCUCCUACUUUCAGAUUGAUCGUCAGAAUUUUUUCCCAGCCCCCAAUUCGCACAAACAGGCAAAUUCAGUGUCCAGCAAUCAUGGAGGAAGCAAAUUAUCAAUGGGGUCAGCAAAUUCUGGGACCAUUGGAGACUAUUCCUCAUUGAAGAAUCAAACGCCAAAGGGAUCUUUUGGGUCAGCCUCUGACAUGGAGUUCAGAGAUCACCACUCUGGCGAGAGUCGAAUUAACGGGAUGGGAAUUGGGUGGCCAUCGAUGGACCGUUUGACAGAAAACUCAGACUCCAGUUACCCUGAUCAGAAAGUUUCCAAAACCGGGAGCUUUACGAGCUGUUAUUCGACACUGAAUUUGAUCGAGAGAGACUCUGAUUUUGAUCUCAAGUCAGAACUCGAUACAAUCGAGGCACAGUAUCAGCACUGGCUUCAAGAACUCCCUAGGAUGAAGCGAGAAGCAAUAGAGGCCGCCAAGAGUCGAUGGAUGGUGAAAAAGAAAGAUGUUCAUUGAUAGAGCUUGCUUCAACUCCAACAAAAAUAACAAGUUUGUUUUCUUGUUUUGAUUCCGUAUUGGGUCGUCGUCAUGUGUAUUUCGAAACAUCCUUGAUUGGAUGUGGCCUGCUUCCUUGUGCGGAUUUUUUACCCCUUCGACCCCUCUAGUUUUUCAAAGAGGGGUGAAGACUGAUUAUACAAGUUUUUAUUUUGAACCUGUAUAAAGAUGUUUCAUAGUUUUUUC